AUGUCGCCAUCGAACCUUUGGGACCUCAAGUUUGUGUGGACUGAUCUCCACCAGACUAAGGAACAGUUGCGACCAAAGAUUUUCACCUAUGACAGGCUUGCCGAUGAGUGCAUCGAACGACUGGAUGUCCUUUCUCCUUUGAAUACGGUAGGAAAUGCUCAGAAUAACGAUGUGGGCCCGAAGGUGUCCCAAAGGGACAUGUAUACCUUGCUGAAGGAUCGCGUAAGUAAUGACUCGAAACUUCGUGAGCUCUGGACGCAGGUCAACACCGUGCCGGAAUGGGUCGACUGGCAGCAGAUCCAACGGGGACAAGAUGUGUUCUUUCGCUAUGGCCUUCCUAUGUUGAAUGCGCUUAACUUUGCAAGUCUUCUCGGUGGCAUGGGCUCUGCACGUGUGGCCGAAACCCUGACCCGAACUGGAGGUUUCUCUGCCGACGUUGUGCGGCGCAGAUUGCUGGAGACCCUGCAGUACGUCCUCCAGGUGUCUGAAUCUUUGGACGCAAUAAAGCCAGGCGGUGUGGGUCAUAUCGCAUCCAUCCGUGUACGGCUGCUGCAUGCGUCUGUUCGUUCGAGGAUACUGAGUCUGGCAAAGAAAGAGCCAGGUUAUUAUGACGUCGAUAAAUACGGCAUCCCCAUCAACGAUCUUGAUUGCAUUGCGACAAUCAACACUUUCUCAACCCUGGUGAGAUUGGUGGCCUACUACAUGGGUACUCCAAACGCGCCAUUCGCCAGCCAGCAGGCCGCGCGUGCCAUGAUGGAGUCACUGACCGUGUCUGAGAUUGAUCCUACUGAUACUAGCAGGAUAUUAGCACGCAAUAUCAUUUUGGGCUUAGAAAAGACCCCGCCCACAUAUGCGUCGAAAGAGUUUAUGGAGGCGAUGGCUAGACGACUCCACGGGAGUCAGCUCUCUGACAGUCUCGGUAUCCCUCCAACCACCAUAUACUACCAAGCCCUGGUAUUCGGGUAUUGCUUCGUCGUCAUGGGAUUAUCAUAUGUGGCCCGAUUGUCUCCUAAAAUAGACCAGGCCCUUAUCGCAUUCCGUCGCAGAAAAUAUCACACCAUUAUAAACGACCGAGAGAAAGGUCUCGGCGGUGAAACGCUCUACGCGUUCAAGUAUAUUCCAUUCUACACGAGGACCACAAAACUGGGAGAACGCCGGACAUCGAAUCCAGCGCCUCAUGGCAUUGAGACCGUGGCGCUGCUGGGUCUUAUAGCCGCCUUCCUUACUGCCGUGAUUAUGCUCAGCGGAGGUAUAUAUGCGUUACGCAUAUUGAGCAUGCCUUUUUGA